UGAAAACCGUUUAAUGUAGGACGACGGACGAAAACCCCGAGUCAACCUAGCGAGUCAGAUGUAGGUUUUUAGCGCUGAGUUAAUUUUCGGUUAGACAUCCGAGUGUUCCUGACAAUGUUAGUUACGCACAGCGAUAUAGAGAGGGAGAGAGACGUUCACAAUCUAAGCCAAAGAGUUACAAACAGUGGGGAAAAAAAUGGCGAUGAGAGAUAGGGAGAGAGAUCGAGAGCUUCUGAUUCCCGUAGCAGGAGGGAUUUCAGAGGAUGGUGGGGGCUCCGAAUCAUUGCCAGGUUCUACUUCUUCGGUUUCUUCGUCUCAUCAUCUCACCGGAAGAGAGGCAUUUUAUAAAGUCAUCCGUAGCUGGGCCUCGAAAAAGUUUGUGACAGGAUGUGUCAUACUUCUUCCUAUAGCCAUCACUUUCUACAUCACUUGGGGGUUCGUUCACUUUGUAGAUGGAUUCUUCUCCCCAAUCUACACUCAUCUGGGGAUCAAUAUAUUCGGUCUUGGAUUCAUCACCUCAAUCACUUUUAUCUUCUUAGUUGGUUUGUUCAUGUCCUCAUGGUUGGGAGCUUCUGUUCUUGGUUUGGGUGAAUGGUUCAUUAAGAAAAUGCCACUCAUUAGUUACAUUUAUUCUGCCUCGAAGCAAAUAAGCGCGGCAAUAUCACCAGAUCAGAACUCCCAUGCCUUCAAGGAAGUGGCUAUCAUAAGGCAUCCACGUGUUGGAGAGUAUGCAUUUGCCUUCAUCACAUCAACAGUGAUCCUCCAAAGAAGUGACGGCGAAGAGGAGCUUAACUGUGUUUUCGUACCCUCAAACCACUUAUAUAUUGGAGAUGUUUUCCUCAUCAGCUCAAAGGAUAUUAUGAGGCCAAAUUUAUCUGUACGAGAAGGGAUUGAAAUUGUAAUUUCCGGGGGAAUGUCAGUACCUCAAAUAAUAACUACAGUGGAUGCACAUGCACAAGCCAUUCAGUUUGCAAGAGUUGGCAGGAGCCCGAAAUUCACAAUUCCACAAGUCUAAUGGAAAUCUGUAAAUAAUGAAUAUUCUUUCAUUAAUUUUUAGCCUUUAGAAAACAUGUGAUGAUGGUGACUGGUAACAUGUGAAGAAGUACCACACCAAUGAAUCUGAUGUUUCACUUGCCCAGAGUUGUGAAGGAUUAAAUUGCCAAGAAUCAGAAACACCACGAGCCAUUGGAAUUUUGGAUUAGAUGUUAUAGGAGUAUAGCUAGGUAAUUCCCUUGACUUAACAUUCAUUUUUUCCCAGGACUCUCUUUUUCCUUUUAUUUAUUAUUAUUUUUAUUUAGAUUGUAAACUGAAAAAGAAAUGAAAAUAUUUCUCACAUGAUUAACUAA